AGACGAGGUUGCAAAAGGAAGGAAGCGUUGAUGGUGAAUGUUUGUAAAAUUUGAGUGCAGCUUCGAUCAUCUCUAGCUCAUCAGGAAAAUUCAGAGGAGGAUCAAACCAUAUUAUAGUAGGAGCUAGGGUGCAGUAGCGCUGUGAUCGAUCAAGAAAUGGGAAGAGGUAGGGUAGAGCUGAAGAGGAUAGAGAACAAGAUCAACAGGCAGGUGACCUUCGCAAAGCGCAGAAAUGGCCUUUUGAAGAAAGCCUACGAGCUCUCCGUGCUUUGCGAAGCUGAGGUCGCUCUGAUCAUCUUCUCCAAUAGAGGCAAGCUAUACGAGUUCUGCAGUAGUUCCAGCAUGCUCAAGACACUAGAGAGAUACCAGAAGUGCAACUAUGGAGCACCGGAGCCAAAUGUAUCAGCAAGGGAGGCCCUGGAGAUAAGCAGCCAGCAAGAGUAUUUGAAGCUUAAAGCACGAUUUGAAGCCCUACAACGAACCCAAAGGAAUCUUCUUGGAGAGGACCUUGGUCCUUUAAGCACCAAAGAGCUUGAAUGCCUUGAGAGGCAGGUUGAUACGUCACUGAAGCAAAUUAGAUCAACACGGACCCAAUGUAUGCUAGAUCAGCUCACCGAUCUUCAGCGUCAGGAACACUUUCUCAGUGAAGCAAACAAAACCCUGAAAAAAAGGUUGUUGGAAGGCAACCAGGCAAGCUUGCUGCAUUGGAGUGCUGCAGAUGCAGGUGCAGGUGCACAGGAGGUGGGGGUUAGCUACGGCCGUCAACCAGCUCAUCCUCAUCAGGAUGAUGCCUUCUUUCAUCCUUUAUCUUUAGAAUGUGAACCUACUCUCCAAAUUGGAUAUCAGCCGGAUUCAAUAACACUGGGAACAGCAGGUCCGAGUGUGAUAACUGGGUGGCUACCAUGAUGAGGAUGAUGAUGAGAGAGAACAUUGCAGGUAGAUCAAUCAUGGAAUUAAUUAAUAAUUAAUAAUGAUAAUAAUGAUGAUGGUGAUGAAUUCCUUCGAUGAGAAUUAGUAAAUUUUAGUAUCAAUUUAUAUAUAAUAUGUCUGUUUUGUUUGAUGAUAUAUAAGACCAGUAAUUAUGCAAUGUGUAAUAUUGAAAUAUUGAUCGACAUAUAUAUAUAUAUAUAUACUCGUAAGCCAUAUGUUCACAUUAA